ACAGUGUAGAUUUCUAUGUAAGAUUGGUCGUUAACCUUAAAAUAGCACAGUAGAAUGCAUUUGUACUAAUUUUACUAAGAUGAAGUUUGUUUUUGUGUGGUCUCUGUUUAAUGUCAUAAACAAUUGCUGGGGUGUAAAGCUAUUAGAGGCAAACCCAGAUGUGAAGCGGCUCUACGAUGAUCUUCUCAGUAAUUAUAAUAGGCUUAUUCGUCCAGUCAUGAAUGUUAGUGACAUAUUAACUGUAAGGCUUGGUCUAAAGUUAUCUCAACUUAUGGAGGUGAAUUUAAAGAAUCAGGUCAUGACAACCAAUCUGUGGGUUGAACAGAAAUGGCAGGACUACAAGUUAACCUGGGACCCGGAUGACUACGGCGGUGUUGAGAUGUUGUACGUACCCUCGGAACACAUCUGGUUACCAGACAUAGUGCUGUAUAACAAUUGGGAUGGAAAUUAUGAGGUUACACUUAUGACAAAGGCAACGUUAAAAUACACUGGAGAAGUUAAUUGGAAGCCGCCUGCUAUUUACAAGUCGUCCUGUGAGAUUAACGUGGAGUACUUCCCCUUCGACGAGCAGACAUGCUUCAUGAAGUUUGGUUCCUGGACGUAUAAUGGGGCUCAGGUGGACCUCAAACAUAUGGAUCAAUCUCCGGGCAGUAGUUUGGUUCACGUUGGUAUAGAUUUGAGUGAGUUUUAUCUGUCUGUGGAGUGGGAUAUACUCGAAGUUCCAGCAACGAGAAAUGAAGAGUACUACCCAUGUUGCCCUGAACCCUUUUCUGAUAUAACGUUUAAGCUGACAAUGCGCAGAAAGACACUCUUCUACACCGUGAACCUGAUCAUUCCAUGUGUGGGCCUCACAUUCCUUACCGUGCUUGUCUUUUAUCUCCCUUCAGACUCGGGAGAAAAGAUAUCGUUAAGCAUCUCAAUAUUGGUAUCAUUGACGGUGUUCUUCCUGCUGAUGGCGGAGAUCAUACCGCCGACUUCCCUCGCGAUACCACUGUUAGGAAAGUAUUUGCUGUUCACCAUGGUACUGGUAUCGCUUAGCGUAUGGAUGACAGUCCUGGUACUUAAUGUGCACUUCAGGUCCCCCUCUACGCAUACGAUGUCUCCAUGGAUGAAGAAAGUCUUCCUCCAGUUCAUGCCUAAACUGUUAAUGAUGAGGCGAACCAAGUACUCGUUGCCAGACUAUGAUGAUACCUUCGUGUCUAACGGAUACACAAACGAGCUGGAUAUGAGUUAUGUUUCCAGCAGGGACAGUCUGACGGACGCCUUUUCCACUGGUAAAGGCGAUGAUGGAGAUUACCGAAAAUCGCCGGGACCUGAAGACGAUAUGCUGGGGGCAGGCGCCCAUCAACGACCAUCAGUGACGGAAUCUGAGAACAUGUUACCGCGCCACUUGUCGCCUGAAGUAGCGGCCGCCUUGCAGAGCGUGCGGUUCAUCGCACAACAUAUCAAGGACGCGGACAAGGACAACGAGGUUGUUGAAGAUUGGAAAUUCAUGUCAAUGGUACUAGACAGGUUCUUCCUCUGGCUGUUCACCAUUGCCUGCUUUGUUGGGACCUUUGGAAUCAUCUUCCAAUCACCAUCACUCUACGACACCCGUGUUCCAGUUGAUCAAGAACUGUCUUCUAUACCGAUGAGGAAGAAUAACUUCUAUUACCCUAAAGAUGUUGAGACUAUUGGUAUUGUGUAGAUGAAUACAGACAUGUUGCAAUAAAGAUAUAAAAUAAAUUUAGAAUAAAGUAUCAUUAUCAAAAAUGGAAUGAUUCUAGCGUUUACUGCUCUCUCUCUACUGAUCUCAAAUGAAAAACUGAAACUGGGCAAGAAUACCUGUGACUGUUCUAAAUAGCACACCGUCUUCUUAUGUUUUAUUACAUAAGCUUUUAAGGAGUUACAACCAUUACACAAUGAUCCACGUGACAUAUUUAAAUAUAAUAAUAAUAAAAAAUAGAAUAAAAUAUGUUUAACUUCUAGUUCUAGUUGAAACUUAAUGUGUACGUAACACAAAACAAGUAUUUUCGUAACUCCGUAUUUCAAAAUUGGAAGGCUGCAGUCAGCAAGAGAUCCCUGUAAGCGCUUUGAUACACCAUAAAGUAGUUUUAAAUCAUGUUAAAGUCGUCACAGAUUGGCUGUGUAAAAUAUGUGUUAUGAUACGUUUGUUAAUAAAGUUGAACGAUUAUAUAUGAUGGAAUUAAUUAUCUUAUUGAUUUUUAAUACAUUAAAGAAAAAAGGUGACAUAUUCUUAAAUUUGUAUAGAAGCAUUUUGAAAAAUUUGUAAGAAGUGUCCACAUGAUUACGAUCUUAACGAAAUUGUAGUUUUUACUUCAUAAAAAUCCUCUCGACUCGCCAAAACUCAAUCACAAGUUUGUGUCAAAUAUAGAGUAUACUUAUAGAGUACUUAUUACUCAAUAAGUCAUUAUUGAUUAUAAGUAGUUUCAAUUAUCACACUUAAUUAGCGAUAUACAAGGUAUAAUUUUAAGUAUUAAGGCUGUGAAUUUUACUUUUACUUAUAUUUAAUAAGGUUUUAUGUA